AUGACAGAGGACAUGCAGCAGGAUGCUGUGGACUGUGCUACUCAGGCCAUGGAGAAAUACAACAUUGAGAAGGACAUCGCUGCUUACAUCAAAAAGGUAGCUAACCAGACAGACCUCCUAUAACCGGACAGACCUCCUAUAACCGGACAGACCUCCUAUAACCGGACAGACCUCCUAUAACCGGACAGACCUCCUAUAACCGGACAGACCUCCUAUAACCGGACAGACCUCCUAUAACCAGACAGACCUCCUAUAACCAGACAGACCUCCUAUAACCAGACAGACCUCCUAUAACCAGACAGACCUCCUAUAACCAGACAGACCUCCUAUAACCAGACAGACCUCCUAUAACCAGACAGACCUCCUAUAACCAGACAGACCUCCUAUAACCAGACAGACCUCCUAUAACCGGUGUGUGUGUCCUUACCUAUAACCAGUUACAUUACAUCAAGAAGGUAGCUAACCAGAUAUAUAUAUAUAUAGAUAGAUAGAUAGAUAUCCUAUAACCAGCUUCUAAAUGUCCUCUGUUCUGUUGUUUUGUUCCAGGAGUUUGACAAGAAGUACAACCCCACGUGGCAUUGCAUUGUGGGUAGAAACUUUGGCAGCUACGUGACACAUGAAACCAAACACUUCAUCUAUUUCUACCUGGGCCAGGUGGCUAUCCUGCUCUUCAAGUCUGGUUGAGCCCCUAACCCCUACACCCUAACUCCUACACCCUAACCCCUACACCCUAACCCCCUACCUAUGGGCCAGGUGGCUAUCCUGCUCUUCAAGUCUGGUUGAGCCCCUAACCCCUAACCCCUACACCCUAACCCCUACACCCUAACCCCUACACCCUAACCCCUACACCCUAACCCCUACACCCUAACCCCUACACCCUAACCCCUACACCCUAACCCCCUACCUCUGGGCCAGGUGGCUAUCCUGCUCUUCAAGUCUGGUUGAGCCCCUAACCCCUACACCCUAACCCCUACACCCUAACCCCCUACCUCUGGGCCAGGUGGCUAUCCUGCUCUUCAAGUCUGGUUUAACCCCUACACCCUAACCCUACACCCUAACCCCUACACCCCAACCCCUACACCCUAACCCCUACACCCUAACCCCUACACCCUAACCCCUACACCCCUACACCCUAACCCCUACACCCCUAACACCCUAACCCCUACACCCCUAACCCCUACACCCUAACCCCUACACCCUAACCCCUACACCCUAACCCCUACACCCUAACCCCCUACCUCUGGGCCAGGUGGCUAUCCUGCUCUUCAAGUCUGGUUGAACCCUAACCCCUACACCCUAACCCCUACACCCUAACCUCUGCACUCUAACCCCUACACCCUAACCACCUUACUUCUACCUGGGCCAUCCUCUGUCUCUCUCUGUCUCUCUCUCUCUCUCUCCACCACACCUCGCUCUCUCUCCACCACACCACACGCGCGCGCCCACCACACCACCCCACACGCGCGCGCGCCACCACCACCACACCACGCGCCACCACCACCACCACACCUCGCGCGUCCCACACACCACACACACCGCGCGCGCGCGCCAACCACCACCACACCGCGCGCGCGCCCACCACCACCACACCGCGCUCGCGCGCGCCCAACACACCACACCGCGCGCAGCGCGCACACCAACAACACCCGCCUCACACACCACACCACAACCGCGCGCGCCCCAACACACCACACUCCAGUCCGACAACCACCACACCACACCCGUCUCGCACCACCACCACACCCCGCCACACCACAACAACCGCGCGCCGCCACCAACACACCGCGCGCGCGCGCCCCACCCACCACACCUCGCCCGCUCAGCCACACACAAACACGACGCUCGCCGCCACCACCACACAGACUCCUCCGCACCACCACCACCACCCCGCGCCACCACCACAACACACUCCUCCCACACCUUACCACACCGCGCAGCGCGCGCGCACACACCACAACCCCUUCGCCCACCACCACCAAAACCGCGGGGGCGCCAACACACCCAACAACUCGCGUCCCACACACCACCAACCUCUCCAUGUCUCGACACCACCAACAACACACUAGAUCUCUCGCUCCACACCACCACCAACACCUCUCUCUCAACCACAACCAACACCAAACCUCUAUCUCUCCUCCACCACCACCAACCAAAUCUCUCCUCCACCACCACACCUCUCUCUCUAUCUCUCACACACAACAACUUCUCCUCUUCCUCUCCACCACCACAAACACUCUCUCUGCUCUCUCUCCACCACCACACCUCUCUCUCUCCACCACCACCACACCUCUCUCUCUCUCCAACCACCACCACACCUCUCUCUCUCUCCACCACCACCACACCUCUCUCUCUCUCUCUCUCUCCACCACCACCACACCUCUCUCUCCACCACCACACCUCUCUCUCCACCACCACCACACCUCUCUCUCUCUCUCUCUCUCUCCACCACCACCACACCUCUCUCUCUCUCUCCACCACCACACCUCCCUCUCUCUCACCUUUCACUCUCUCUCUCGCUCUCUCUUUAAUUUAAGGGCUUUAUUGGCAUGGGAAACAUAUGUUAACAUUGCCAAAGCAAGUGAAUUAGAUAAACAAAAGUGAAAUAAAUAUUAACAGUAAACAUUACACUCCGAAGUUCCAAAAGAAUAAAGACGUUUCAAAUGUAAUUAUGUCUAUAUACAGUGUUGUACAAAUGGGAAAAUAAAUAAACAUAAAUAUGGGUUGUAUUUACAAUGGUGUUUGUUCUUCACUGGUUGCCCUUUUCUUGUGGCAACAGGUCACAAAUCUUGCUGCUGUGAUGGCACACUGUUGUAUUUCACACAAUAGAUAUGGGAGUUCUCUCCACACCACACCUCUCUCUCUCUCGCGCUCUCCCCACCACACCUCUCUCUCUCCCCACCACACCUCUCUCUCUCCCCACCGCACCUCUCUCGCUCUCUCACACCUCUCUCUCCCCACCACAACCCUCUCCCCACCCUCCCCCACCCCCCUCCACUGACAGGCGCUGCUCCUCACCUGGAUUGUGAUAUACUGAUGGCCGAGGCCACACACACGACUUCAAGAGUUGUAGAUGAUUCUCCAUUCAUGUGUCUGUGCGGUGCUGCAUGGGCCGUCUACAUGGUGUGUGUAUAUGUUGCAGGAUAAUAAACAUGAUGGGUUGUAUCCCAAAUGGCCCCCUAUUCCCUAUGUAGUGUACUACUUUAGACCAGAGCCCUAUGACACCCUAUUCCCUAUGUAGUGUACUACUAUUGACCAGAGCCCUAUGACACCCUAUUCCCUAUGUAGUGUACUACUAUUGACCAGAGCCCUAUGACACCCUGUUCCCUAUGUAGUGUACUACUUUAGACCAGAGCCCAUUGACACCCUAUUCCCUAUGUAGUGUACUACUUUAGACCAGAGCCCUAUGACACCCUAUUCCCUAUGUAGUGUACUACUAUUGACCAGAGGCCUAUGACACCCUGUUCCCUAUGUAGUGUACUACUUUAGACCAGAGGCCUAUGACACCCUAUUCCCUAUGUAGUGUACUACUUUAGACCAGAUCCCAAUGACACCCUAUUCCCUAUGUAGUGUACUACUAUUGACCAGAGCCCUAUGACACCCUAUUCCCUAUGUAGUGUACUACUAUUGACCAGAGCCCUAUGACACCCUGUUCCCUAUGUAGUGUACUACUAUUGACCAGAGCCCUAUGACACCCUGUUCCCUAUGUAGUGUACUACUAUUGACCAGAGCCCUAUGACACCCUAUUCCCUAUGUAGUGUACUACUUUAGACCAGAGCCCUAUGACACCCUAUUCCCUAUAUAGUGUACUACUUUAGACCAGAGCCCUAUGACCCCCUAUUCCCUAUGUAGUGUACUACUAUUGACCAGAGCCCUAUGACACCCUGUUCCCUAUGUAGUGUACUACUAUUGACCAGAGCCCUAUGACACCCUGUUCCCUAUGUAGUGUACUACUAUUGACCAGAGCCCUAUGACACCCUGUUCCCUAUGUAGUGUACUACUAUUGACCAGAGCCCUAUGACACCCUGUUCCCUAUGUAGUGUACUACUAUUGACCAGAGCCCAAUGACACCCUGUUCCCUAUGUAGUGUACUACUAUUGACCAGAGCCAUAGGGAAUAUGGUGCCAUUUGAGACACAGUCGAUGACUCCGUGUAUAUUUUACAGUGUGAAGGCCAACUCCAUGAGAAGCAUCUUUAAGAUGACAGAGUAGAGAUUUUGAUGUUAAAUAUUUUCUAUGACUUAUUAUUUGUUGCCCGAUGUAUAAAAAAAUGCUUUGACUGUUGCUUCCAUAUGGUUCAUAAAGAAUGGUUCAACACUAUAUUUAAAAGGAACAUGGACUAGUGAUUUACUGGGGGCGUCAUCUCAUCAUUGAUGUCAAAGAUAUAGAACACUGAUAUUGCCUAUGAUUGUCUGUGGAGAUUCAGGUCAUCUCAGAAGCUGUGCCUGGGGUCAAGGAUAAGAGCCAGGCAACUCAUGAUCCAUCCUGUGGGUACACCAAAGCCUGUAUCAAGAAUUACAAACCAUCUCUGGAGUCUUGA